AUGAGUGACGCGGGUCCGCGGGGGGACGCCUCCAGCACUGCGUCGCUGCCGCCGGCCGCCGUGGCCGACAUCGUCCGCAGCAAGACCCUCUUCCGUCGGGUGCGGCUCAACGUGGGGGGUCUCCUCCACGAGGUGCUGUGGCGGACCCUGGACCGGCUGCCCCGCACGCGGCUGGGCAAGCUGCGGGACUGCGACAGCCACGACGCGGUGCUGGAGGUGUGCGACGACUACAGCCUGGGCGACAACGAGUACUUCUUUGACCGCCACCCGGGCGCCUUCACCUCCAUCCUCAACUUCUACCGCACGGGGAAACUCCACAUGAUGGAGGAGAUGUGCGCGCUGUCCUUCAGCCAGGAGCUGGACUACUGGGGCGUCGACGAGAUCUACCUGGAGUCCUGCUGCCAGGCGCGCUACCACCAGAAGAAGGAGCAGAUGAACGAGGAGCUGAAGCGCGAGGCGGAGACCAUGAGGGUGCGCGAGGGCGAGGACUUCGACAACACCUGCUGCUCAGAGAAGAGGAGGAAGCUCUGGGACCUGCUGGAGAAGCCCAGCUCGUCGUUCGCAGCAAAGAUCCUGGCCAUCAUCUCCAUCCUCUUCAUCAUCCUAUCCACCAUCGCCUUGUCCCUGAACACCCUCCCGGAGCUCCAGGACACCGAUGAGUUUGGCCAGGUCAUCGACAACCCCCAGCUGGCCCACGUGGAGGCGGCGUGCAUCGCCUGGUUCACCAUGGAGUACCUGCUCCGCUUCCUCUCCUCGCCCAGCAAGUGGAAGUUCUUCAAGGGCCCGCUGAACGUCAUCGACCUGCUGGCCAUCCUGCCCUACUACGUCACCCUCUUCCUCACCGAGUCCAACAAGAGCGUGCUGCAGUUCCAGAAUGUCCGGCGGGUGGUGCAGAUCUUCCGCAUCAUGCGGAUCCUGCGCAUCCUGAAGCUGGCCCGGCACUCCACUGGCCUGCAGUCUCUGGGCUUCACCCUGAGGAGGAGCUACAACGAGCUGGGUCUGCUCAUCCUCUUCCUGGCCAUGGGCAUCAUGAUCUUCUCCAGUCUCGUCUUCUUCGCCGAGAAGGAUGAGGACGACACCAAGUUCAAAAGCAUUCCGGCGUCUUUCUGGUGGGCCACCAUCACUAUGACCACCGUGGGUUACGGAGACAUCUACCAAACCCUCCUGGGGAAGAUAGUGGGGGGUCUGUGUUGUAUAGCAGGAGUACUGGUGAUAGCCCUGCCCAUUCCUAUCAUUGUGAAUAACUUCUCAGAGUUUUAUAAGGAACAGAAGAGGCAAGAGAAGGCCAUCAAAAGGAGAGAGGCCUUGGAGAGAGCCAAGAGAAAUGGCAGCAUUGUCUCUAUGAACAUAAAAGAGGCUCUAGCCCAGAGCAUGGAACUCAUGGAUGUAACGGUGGAGGACACAGGCGAGAAGAUCCAGGAGAACCACGUAUCUCUGAGCCACCAGAAAGAGACAUCCAAGCCAACCCUCUCGGACGCCAGCCUGGCCCAGACCCUGGAGACAAGCUUCCAGGAGAAAGCCAGACCCUCCAGCCCACAGCGUCUAGAUGCCCAGAAUCUGGAGGAGAUGUACAACAGCAUGGCCAAGGGCCAGCCCCGGCCGGGCCCGGACGGCAACGACAAAGGGCUGUUGUCUAGGGUCCCGCACCAGAGGACUGAGAUGGAGAUGGGCAGCAUCCCCGCCGCAGCCAGGGGCCGACCAGCGGACCCCGUGAUGGACAUGAAGAGCAUGUCCAGCGUGGACAGCUUCAUCACCUGCGCCACCGACUUCCCGGAGAGCUCCCGCUUCUCCCAGAGCCCCGUCGGACGGGUCAGCGCUCACCCCGGCCUGGAGACCACCAUGGAGAACGAACUCGCGGUGUCCCACGGCGCGGCGGUUCGGCGACACGCGCCGGCCGCCGAGCGCGGCGCCCUCUCCUCCACGGGCCGCUCUCUCGGGGCCAAGCACAAAGGCCGGGCGGCGGGCGCGUCGGCGUCCCCCUCGGCGGGGCGGGGCGGGGAGGGUGGGGGGGCUCUGUCGGACGGCUCCUCGGCGCGGAGCCCGGAGGUGUCCGUCUACGCCAGCGCCAGCAGCCGCACGCCCAGCAAGAGCCCCGAGAACCUGCCGAGGCUGGCGCCGCCACCGCCGGCGGUGGCGGUGGCGGCGUCCGCCGGCAUCUUCACGUUCCACGACGCCUCCAUCAACCUGUUCAUCGACGCCGACACCGACGACGAGGACCACCACCACCGCCACUCCGGCGGCGGCGGCGGCGGUGCGGGAGCCGGAGCUCCCCAUAGACUGAGCCCUAGGUCCGGCUUUCAGUCCAGCUGCCAGUGGAGGGAGGGCCACCAGGAGGGCCCUCAGAGGAGGCUGCUAGGCCAACGUAUGGCCCACGUGGAGGGGCUCCCGGGGGGGGGCCGGGAGAGGCACGUGGCGGGGGAGCCGGAGCCACUUCCGGGGGAGAGGAGGAUCUCUAACGCCUCCAAAGACAACUGA